GGCUAAAGUUUGCUGGUAAUGGACAGCAAACUAGAGGACAAGAGCCUCUUUUCUUAUGUUUUCUAAUUUUCCUAAAUGCUGUGCAUGGCGGAUUAUGCUGCAAAUGCGCACGUCUGAGUCAAAAUCUCUGCUGUGCUCAGUUCCUGCGCUGUGUAAGGAGGUGGACGGUGCUCUUUGUGAAGAUUUCCACAGCAGUGAUUCCAACUACAUGAACCUGAGCUUCCAAGAUCACAAUGAGUAGUCCUCCGAGUCCCUCUCCAACCCGAUGGUUCAAAGCGCUGCGCAGGACCAGGCUGGGGGAGCCAUGUUUGAAGACAUAUCCUCUGGAAUGUGUGGAUCUUCUGAGAAGGGCAAGAAUUGCCUUUCAAGCUGGACGCACCCUCAAAGAGGACUUCAGACUGGCCCAGCUGGAGGCUGUGGUGCGGAUGCUGGAGGAACAUGAGUGCGACUUUGUAGAUGCUCUUGGAAGGGACCUUCACAAGCCACGGUUUGAAACAAUUGUGUUUGAACUGAUCAUGGUCAAGAAUGAGGCUCUUCACGCCAUCAGAAACCUUAAGAAGUGGAUGGAGCCACAGUCUGUGGAAAAGAAUCUGUCCACCACGUUGGAUGAGUGUCUCGUGGUUAGUGAGCCACUGGGGGUGGUGGUCGUCAUGGGGACCUGGUGCAGUCCAGUCCAAAUGUGUCUUGUGCCAUUGGUUGGGGCCAUUGCAGCAGGAAACUGUGCACUUAUCAGUCCCUCUGAGUACACUGUACACACAGCAGAGCUUCUUCAUCGUCUCGUUCCCUUCUACUUGGACAAUGAAUGCUUCCAUGUGAUUCUUGCAGGCAUCAGUGACUUGCCUGAGAUUGUGGAGCUAAAAUUUGACCAUGUUUUCUUUACAGGAAACAGAGAGGAGGGGAGCAAGAUUGCUGUGGCAGCAGCCCGCACUCUCACACCUGUAACUCUGAUUCUGGGGGGCAAGAACCCAUGUUAUGUGGACCAGGACUGCGACAUUGCCACCACCGUGCAGCGCAUUGCUUGGGCACGUUUCCACAACGCGGGACAGAGCUUAAUGGCUCCAAGCUACAUUUUAUGCCAUACAGACGUUAAAGCACGCUUGGUGCAGGCCCUGAAGUGCUGUCUGAUGCAGUUCUAUGGUCCAGAUCCCAGAGAGUCCCGCAGCUUUGGCCGAAUUGUCAAUCUGGAGGUUUUCAACCGUACAAGAGAGCUUUUGUGGAGAUCUGGCAAAGUGGUUGUUGGUGGGCAGGUGACAGAGGCAGAGAAAUAUAUUGCCCCAACCGUUUUGACAGAAGUGGCUGAAUCUGACCCCAUCAUGCAACAGGAGGUUUUUGGCCCUGUUCUUCCAAUACUGACCAUAAAUGAUGUGGAUGAGGCAAUUGCCUUUAUUAACAAGCAAGAGAAACCCCUCUGUGUGUAUGCAUAUUCCACCAACAGUAAGGUAAUUUCAAAACUAAUGAGUGAAACCUCCAGUGGAAGCUUUUGCUCCAAUGACUGCAUCCUUCAGAGUCUGAUGGUGGCUCUGCCCUUUGGUGGAGUAGGUUCCUGUGGAAUGGGGUACUUCCAUGGGCGCUACAGCUUUGAUACCUUCUCUCACAGAAAAGCAUGCAUGUUAAGAAGUACACGGUUUGAGUGUGUCACCUAUCUGCGAUACCCACCCUAUGAAGACCGCAACCUCUCUCUAAUGACAUGGGCCUGUACCCUUUCCCAGAAGAGCCAGGGGUGGUGCCAAAUCCUGUGACUGUGUGGGAGGCUGAUGAUAGUCACACCGGAAUAAAACCAUCUGCCCGCAUUUAUGAACAGGAGUGAUAUGCAACUGUUAAUGUAUUAAAAUAAGAAUGUGGCUUUUGCUCUUAAUCUAAUGGAAAAUAUACUAAACAGCUUAAUGUGAUAAUACAGAUUUGGAAUAAACAAGAGUCAUAAUUUUUCUAAAUAAUUUCUAAGAACUGCCACUUUAGCUUCACAUCAUUCUAGUUGAAUGUAAAUGUUAGAAUAAAGUUAUCCUGUGCAAAAGUAACAACAAACAAAUAAUGUGGAUGUACAUGUACAGACUGAUUUAUUGAGUAUCUGCGUUGAAUAU